AUGGCAAUGUCAAAAAUUUAUAUACUUCCAAUUUAUAAUCACGACAAUGACGAAGAAGUAUUAGCAAAUAAUAGUAACAUUAACAACAAAAUCAACACAAACAAUAUAACAGACAUUAAUGACAUGGAAGUUAGUAUUAAUAGUGAAACUACAACUUUUUUUUAUACGUUUGAUGAGAAAAAUCAAAUAACAAUUCCUGAUUUAUCUUUACCAACCUCAAUGCAAGAUGUAAAAAAUCAAGCAAUAAUAUUACAUAGUUAUUCCAACAAUUCAUGGCGCGGCUAUUUACAUAUACUUUUUGUGCUAUCUUUUAUUUAUAUUUGGAAGCAAGCAUUCUCCAUUCCUGGUGCUUUAUUUUUAAAUUUAUUAGCAGGAGCUAUGUAUGGUCCCAUGAAAGCAACACUAUUUACUUGUUUAUUAACAUCAAUUGGUGCAAGUGUUGCGUAUUUAUUAAGUAAAUUCGUUGGUAAACCAUUUGCGGAUUUUUAUCUUUUAAAUAAAUUGAUUAAUCUUCGUAAACAAGUUGAUGAAAAUCGCGAAAAUUUGUUUUACUAUUUACUAUUCAUCAGAAUGUUUCCUCUUUCGCCCUGGUGGUUAUUAAACAUCACGUCUCCACUAUUAUCUAUUCCAAUUGGGACAUUUUUCAUUACAAUGUUUUUUGGAUCAAUUCCGUAUAAUCUUGCGUGUUGUCAAUCAGGAGAUAUAAUAUCGGAACUCAACUCAACAACUGACAUGUGGCAACCAACUGUUAAUAAUAGAAGACGAAGACCAUCACCAUCGGAAGCAGAUAUUAAUUAA